AGUAAGCCAGGUUUCCCACUUUCUGUUUCUGUUUUGUGUGGCUUUCUUCUCCUGAUAAGGAGACCUAAGAACCCUGCCCUUUAGUCCCCUCACUUGGCAAAACAAAAUAAAUAAGAAGUCACCUUCCAGAAGUUCCAUUUCCAAUUAUUCAGAACAUCUGCGGAGAAAACACCUGUGUGGUGGCACGUCUCCUUCCCUACCACAACUCUGCCAGCUUUUAGAACCAGGAGCUCAGCUAGAAACAGUUGCAAUAGAGACUAAGUUACAUUUGCAGAGCAGCCACAUAGAUUAUAACAAUGUUCAAAUACCUUUUUGACACAUUGAUCUAUGAAACACAAACAAAUUCACAAAAGCUUUCCAAGAUGUUGGAAAAACCGGACCAAAAUUAUCAGGGGGAACGAUGCUGUCCUGGUGAGAUUGUUUAUCCAUGUUAUAAACCUAAUAAGAAAUCAAUACCAAUAAACUUGAAUCAAUUCAAGGAACUGGACACUUAUGCUUCAAAAGAGGUAAAUGUCAGAGACAGUGUGGAAAAUCUGGUGAAAGUCUUGGUCCAAAAAGCCCCCACCGAUCUGAAGAAAGUCAGAGCCAUUUGGAUGUGGAUUUGCCAUCAUAUUGAAUAUGAUGUGGAAUGGCUCCGUGGUAAUACCAAGACAUCUCUUGACCCAGAGGGUAUUCUUAAGUCAGGAAAGACUAUCUGUGCUGGAUAUGCUAAACUUUUUGAAACAAUGUGCUGUAUUGCAGGGAUACGCUGCGAAAGGCUGACAGGGAUUGCCAAAGGGAAAGGAUCCGGCUUUAAGAAUGAUAAGAGACAUGCCUGGAAUGCUGUUUACCUUGAUGGAAAGUGGCACCUUUUGGACUGCACGUGGGGAAGUGGCUAUGUGAACGGUGACAAGUUCACUUUCCGUCACAAGGAGUUUUACUUUCUUACCCAACCUGAUCUGUUUGCUGAGAAUCAUAGUCCAGAUGAUCCCAAGUGGCAGCUUCUAGACCCGGCCCCUGCAACAAUUUGAAGAUGUGAAGGAAUGACCCUAAGACAUCUUCUGCGUCUUUUAGAUAUGACUAGGUGAUUCAACCAAGAUCCUGUCCGUCACCUUUAUACUUACCAUGAAGUCGCUUUUGUUUUAUUAUUCAUCAAUUUAUACAUUUUUAUAAUUGCCCUCUACUAGAUUGUUUUAUUUUAACACACAUAUUUGAAAUAUUGCCAAUUAAUACAGAGUUUCUCAUAUUCAUACAGCUUUUGGUAAGGGAAGAAAUUUGGUGAGGAUGUAAUCUUAGGGAUAAUAGGCACUAAUAUUAAGAUAAAUUCUUCUUUAGUCUUGUGACUACCUCUAUUAAAUUGGUUCUGUAUAGUACUGUAUAUUCUUGUGCAUACAUUAACCUCAAGUAUAAGUAGAAUGCAUCACUGAUAUGUAUGACCUCUGUGGAGAGGCGAAAGCUCCAGCACUGUGCCAAGGAGCCAGCCACUCCUGACCAUUGCUACCACCAUUUUCCUACCCAGGCAAUCAGAUCAGAUAGAAAAGGUGCCAAGGCAGAGGGAGAAGAGGGAAUGGACCAAGCUCUCACUUUUUGCCAUAAUAAUAAAAUAAGAGGGUGGUUCCCUUUUGAAUUUAAGUUAAGGUCCAAUACCUUAAAUUGGCCCAGGUUUUUGGACUGAUUUUUUAACUACAAUUUCAAGAUGUAUACAUGAGAAUAUACCAUAUAUAAUGCUCUUGUCCUUCUAAACUUCUAAUUCACAGGAGCAUACUGUUAGUUGUGAAUAAAAUGAUUGCUAAGGUUUUUUUUGUGGUAUAGGAAUCCUAUGUGACCAAAUGCAUGAGUUAUCAACUGUCCUGCUUAAGUCUUACAACUUGGGGUUUCAUUAAACCAAUCCACCUGAAAUGCCAUCUUCCUCUUUUCCUACUGUCUCUUCUUCACUAAGUAUUAUAGUAUUUUCCAAUGAGUUUCGUGAUUCCCAGCUUUCCCUGAUUUGUGCUUCUCACAUUCUUUUCGCCUUGAGGUAAUAGCCACAGUGCUUACUCAUACUUGCCCUCUGCACUUUCCCAAUAGCUGGUUGAGGGCCUUCUGACCUGGGAAUUUCAUCCUCUGACAUGAUCUCUGGUUUCAUUUUUGAUUAGCUAAUCACAGAGUUAAAAGCAUUCAGGAAUUAUUUACUUGUGCCUUUGGUGGGAACAAGGGAGAGGAUCCUUUUGGUAGUUGCUCUCAGACUGUUGAACUCCCUCCCUAGAGAUACCAGCAUGGCUCCCUGCUUGUUUUUUGCAGGCAGGUGAAAACAUACCUCUGCCAUUGGGUGUUCAUAGAAUGAUGAGAGGAGGGUUGCUAGGGAUGUUGUGAGUGGGAUUUGGGGUAGGCUGUGUAGUUUUAUGUGUAGCUUUAAAUGUAUCGUAUAUACUCGUAUAUAAGAUGACUCGAAUAUAAGCCAAGGCACCCAGUUUUACCACAAAAAAACCUGGGAAACAUUGACUCCAGUAUAAGCUGAGAGCAGUAUAUUUCAGAAAUAAAAAUAGAUACCAAUAAAAUUACAUUGAGGCGUCAGUAGUUUAAAUGUUUUUGAAUACUUACAUAAAGCUCAGAUUUAAGAUAAGACUGUCCAACUCUGACCAAAUCAUUAUUCUCAUCUUCUUCAAUGUAAAUGUGCUUAUGUAUACUUUUAAUAAUAAUAGAGUAAAAUAAUACAUGUAAUAAUAAUAAUAAUGGGAAAAAUACAUGUAAUAAUAAAUAGAGUAAAAUAAUAAAUACAAUAAUAAUAAUAAUAUCAGAGUGAAAUAAUAAAUGUAUUCAUAAUAAUAAUAAAAAUAGAGUAAAAUAAAUGUAAUAGCAGCAACAACAAUAGAGAAAAAUAAAUGUAAUGAUACCAAUAAUAAUAGAGAAAAAUAAUAAAUGUACCAUAUAUUCUCAAGUAUAAGCGGACCCAAAUAUAAGCCAACGAGGACCCUCACCCGAGUAUAAGCCAAGGGGGGCUUUUUCAGUCUGAAAAAAAGGGCUGAAAAACUAGGCUUAUAUUCGAGUAUAUAGAGUAUUUUUUGUUUCAUGACACAAAGGAUUUGUUUUUAAAUUUCAUAUUUUAAUGCAUUUGUGUUGUUUUGAUCAUAUUGUGCUAUUUUUGUUGUUAGCUGCCUUGAGUCCCAAACAAUAAAAAUAAAGUAAAUAUCAAAUAAA